AUGCCAGGCGAUGUUAUUUUUCAAACUUCUAGACCUCGAAGCGACGGCAUUGAGGAAAGUAAGUCGCCUGUCAGGAGAGCAGAUGAAACGGCUGAAGCAAGUGGAAUGUUGGCUGCCCAAAAAGGUACGGCUGCAGCAGAGGCUAUAGGUGCAAAAACCCAAGAAGUGAGAGAAGGCAAACUUGAAGGUUCAGACAGGGACUUUGCUCAAGCAGGCACUGCUGUAGCAGAGCCUACAGCUGCAAGGGCACAAGAAGUGAUGGGAAGUGAAAUAGGUUCUCUCCAAGGCUCAUUGAGGGACUCUGCUAAUGCUGAAACUGCUGCGGCACAACCUGCCGCUACCAGUGCAGCAGUAGUCAGAGAGGCCAAAGCUGGCGAAGUAGAAAAAGCUAUCUCAGAGGAUAUCAGAAAAGCAAGUACUUCCGGGGUAAAUGCUACCGCUGCUGAACACGAAGAAGUAAAAAAUGGCCGUAUCACGUCUGAAAAGGGGACGAUAAGCGACGUGACUGCAGCCAGCAGUGCACUAGCUGGGACCAUGGCAGUUGAACACGAAGUAGUCAAGGAUGCGGAAAUAUCAGGAGAAAGAAAGUCGACUAGGGAAAUACGACAUCCCAAAACUGCAACAGCAACACCUAUAGUCUCAGAAGAUGAUGAAGACGGUAAUGGUAAAAAUGGUAAAACGAACGGACAAGGAAAGCGAGGGAAUAAUGGGAAGCCAGGAAACAAUAAGGGCCUACAGCUCUAG